AUGGCGACGCAGCCCGUGUCCCGGAUGCUGCGGCGGGUCCUGAGGUCCAGUGUCCGGAGCUGCAGCUCAGGGGCUCCGGUGACGCAGCCCCGACCCGGGGAGCCAUCCCAGUCUGCGGCGGAGGAGCUGUCCAGGCGGAGGCAGUUCCUGAGGGAGCACUCGGCCCCCUUCUCUGCCUUCCUCACCGAUGGCUUUGGCCGCCACCACAGCUACCUGCGGAUCUCCCUCACCGAGAAGUGCAACCUCAGAUGCCAAUACUGCAUGCCUGAGGAGGGGGUGCCACUGACGCCCAAGGCCGACCUGCUGACCACAGAGGAGAUCCUGACCCUGGCGCGGCUCUUUGUGAAAGAAGGUGUCGAUAAGAUCCGGCUAACGGGUGGGGAGCCGCUCAUCCGGCCCGACGUGGUGGACAUCGUGGCCCAGCUCCAUCGGCUGGAGGGGCUGAGGACCAUCGGCGUCACCACCAAUGGCAUCAACCUCGCCCGCCUGCUGCCUCAGCUCCAGAAAGCUGGUCUCAGUGCCAUCAACAUCAGCCUGGACACGCUGGUGCCAGCCAAGUUUGAGUUCAUCGUCCGCAGGAAAGGCUUCCACAAGGUCAUGGAGGGCAUCCACAAGGCCAUCGAGCUGGGCUACAGCCCUGUGAAGGUGAACUGCGUGGUGAUGCGCGGCCUGAACGAGGAUGAGCUCCUGGACUUUGUGGCCUUGACCGAGGGCCUCCCCUUGGACGUGCGCUUCAUAGAGUACAUGCCCUUUGACGGUAACAAGUGGAACGUCAAGAAGAUGGUCAGCUACAAGGAGAUGCUGGACACCUUGCGGCGGCAGUGGCCGGAGCUGGAGAAACUGCCCGAGGAGGAAUCCAGCACGGCCAAGACCUUCCGCGUCCCUGGCUUCCGAGGCCAGGUCAGCUUCAUCACGUCCAUGUCUGAGCACUUCUGUGGGACCUGCAACCGGCUGCGCAUCACAGCCGACGGGAACCUCAAGGUCUGCCUCUUUGGGAACUCCGAGGUCUCCCUCCGGGAUCACCUGCGGGCGGGGGCGUCUGAAGAGGAGCUGCUGGGGAUUAUCGGGGCCGCUGUGGGCAGGAAGAAGCGGCAGCAUGCAGGCAUGUUCAGUAUCUCCCAGAUGAAGAACCGGCCCAUGAUCCUCAUCGAACUGUUUCUGAUGCUCCAAGAUUCCCCACCAGCCAUUCCAAGCGUUUCCUCUUGGGACCCACUCGGCGUUCAGGGUCUGAGACGCAGCGUGCGUCUCUCCAUCCAGGGGGCGACCCUGUGGAAGGGCUGCCGGGUGCCCCAGACGCCUCCCCUCGCGCAGCGGGGGCUGGGGGCUGACUCCCCUCAGAGACACUACUCCUCCCACCCGGACUCAGACGCCAACCCAAAGUGCCUUAGCCCCGCGUCCCGGGCUCCUGCCGCCCACUCAGGAUCGCUGCCCGCCUCGGACCAGCUCACCCACGUGGACACGGAAGGCCGGGCAGCUAUGGUGGAUGUGGGUGGAAAGCCGGACACAGAGCGAGUGGCCGUGGCCUCCGCCGUGGUCCUCCUGGGGCCGGAGGCCUUCAGACUCGUCCAGGAGAACCAGCUAAAGAAGGGAGAUGCCCUGGCGGUGGCCCAGCUGGCCGGAGUCCAGGCCGCCAAGCUGACCAGCCAGCUGAUCCCCCUGUGCCACCACGUGGCCCUGAGCCACGUGCAGGUGCGGCUGGAGCUGGACGGCGCACGCCACGCCGUGGUGAUCCAGGCCUCCUGCCGGGCUCGGGGCCCCACCGGGGUGGAGAUGGAGGCCCUGACCUCAGCCGCGGUGGCCGCCCUCACCCUGUACGACAUGUGCAAGGCGGUCAGCAGGGACAUCGUGUUGGGGGACAUCAAGCUCAUCAGCAAGACGGGGGGCCAGCGGGGCGACUUCCACCGGACCUAG